AUGCCCUGCAUUGUCUACAUCUUCACAAUUGCCCUUCUUGGUUGGGUGGGAUCGAUUAGCACCGAUGUCCACAAUCACCCCUUCUUUGAGCUCAACGCCAAUCCCUGUCAGGAGGACCCGGGAUUUUGCUUUUCAGUGCCAACACCGCCCCAGGAUUUAACGCUAGACAACUUUCAAAAGGAGACCGCCUUAACAGGUGGCGGUUUUCCAAGGGACUAUAUAGUACUGAAGUUGCAAUGGAAACCCCCAGAAGAGACCUACGGCGAACUGAAGGGUUACCAAGUGUCGUUUCGUCUAGUUGGACCGCCAGAAUUGCUAAUGACGACCAAACCUUCCGAAGGCGAGAAUGCGAAAUUGGGUGAUGGUUCACAGGUCACUCCCACCCACGCUGUACGACGGAAUGUCACAGGAACCUCGUACACAUCCACGCAAAUUGAUAACAUUCGUGAGUUUAAAAAAGUGAAUUUAUUAUACUUGAGAGCAAUUUCAUGGACAUGCAUGCAUGUAAAAGCAUUGCAUUGA